AAUAAUCAAUCCAGACACUACCAGAUUUAUUAGGUUAGCCCGGGGAGACAGAACCGCCGUCACCUCCACAUCUCUCCGCCGCCUCCUGUAAAGAAACAAUAAACCCACUCCCAUCGCCUCACCAGUCGCCACCUUCCAUUCCAAUCCUUCUCUCAUUAUCAAAGUAGGCGAAAACUUGGGGUCCGUUCCUGCUCCUUCCUCAGUUCCUCUCUCUCUCCGCCUCCGGAGUCUCCUUUCUCCCGUUACCUGUGGAUUGGAGUACUUCCGCCCGAAUCGCCGCACGUUGACAUUGGCAAGAACCGCGAUAGAGAAACUUCAAGAAAUGCCGAGCCGAUCCAUCGGAUUCUAGGCCAUCUCUCUAGCUGCAUAUUCUGAUGUCUGGUCUCAUGGAAGAUGAUUCGUCUUGGGAGGCUCAUUCAUUUGAGCGCAUUAGAGUUCCUGCAUUCAACUUUCAAGUUGUUUCAGAGGCUAUCAACGGAGAACAAGAACUCCCAUGUUCAUUAGACAUUGUUGUUCCUGAUGAUAUCCUGGAGAAAAUUUUCACCUUCUUGCCAAUAGCAAGCAUGAUACGGUCAACAGCAGUAUGCAAGAGAUGGCAUGGUAUUAUCAACUCAAGCAGGUUUCUUUGGACCCACAUGUUGCCUCAGAGGCCAUGGUACUUCAUGUUCACCUGUAAUGAGACUUCUUCUGGGUAUGCUUAUGACCCCAUCCUCCGUAAAUGGUAUGAUUUAGAGCUUCAAUGCAUUGAUAAGAGCAGUUGUUUUGUCUCUUCUUCAUGUGGACUAGUUUGCUUCAUGGAUAAUGACACCAGAAACAUCAUUUCUGUAUGUAACCCUAUCACGAAAGAUUGGAAGAGGCUUUUGGAGCCUCCAGGUGCAAAGUUACCAGAUUACAGUACCAUUGCCAUAAUGGUAGAUCGGGUGUCUCAUAAUUACACUGUUACAUUAGCAACAUCCAAGCAGGUAGCUGAGGAUUAUGUCCAAUGGAAUUUCUCUAUAUACAAGUAUGACUCAUGGAAUAGUUCAUGGGUAAUUGCCAGGAAGGAGGUGCUGAUUGGUUGGAGAGGGGGCGACGAUAGUGUGAUAUGUGGUGGAGUCUUGUACUGCUUAAUCCAGUCCACUGGUGUUCUUGGCAAUAUUAAUCCCCGUCAUAGACUUAUCAUGCUUGAUCUUGUUGCCGGACCUUCUGAAGCCUCAUUAAUGCAAUCGUCAAUCCCAGUACCUUGUUCUCUCACCUGCGGACGUCUACUAAACCUAAGAGAGAAGCUGGUAAUGGUUGGUGGGAUUGCUAAACACAAUAGACCUGAUAUCAUUAAGGGGAUCGGUAUAUGGGAGCUCGACAAGAAACAAUGGCAAGAGGUAGCUCGAAUGCCUCACAAGUUCUUCCAAGGAUUUGGCGAGUUCGAUGAUGUUUUCUCUAGCAGCGGCACGGACGACCUUGUCUACAUCCAAAGCUAUGGUGCAACUGCUUUGCUUACAUUUGACAUGAAGCAGAAGCAGUGGAAGUGGUCAGCAAAAUGCCCUGUGAGCAGAAAGUUUCCUCUCCAGCUUUUCACUGGUUUUUGCUUCGAGCCUCGGCUGGAUAUUACCACUUAAUUUGUGCCUUUGUCUUUUUUUUUUGUAACGUCAUGCAAGUUUUGUUGCACUAGUCUCUGCCUCUCUUAUUAUUUAUUAUCUUUGGCGCUUGAUGCAAUUGUUUGUAAUUGCCUCAUGCCGUCGGAUUGAUACUAUUUGGAAUGCCGUAUCUACUGAAUCACACUUGUCUGUGAUCAUUGUAUCCCAUGUUAUAAAUCAUUUCUUUGUUGAAAAACAUCACAUGAUGUACAAUCUUUUACCCUGUUUUAUCUGAA